GCCAGGCCAGACCCCGCCUCGGCCCCAGGAAACGCCGUCCCCGCUGAGGGGAGCGGCCCGGGAGGAAGGCCCCGGACGGGGCAGCGGGCUGCUGGGCGAGGAAACCAAAGAGCCCCCGGGCCGGGGCCGCUCACUGCGCCGCGCUCGGGCUGGGCGGCGGGGCCGGGAGCGAGCCCCAGCGACGGGGCAGGGCCCGGCCGGGAUCCCGGAGCUAGGCCGGGGCGUGGCCACGGCGGCCCCGUGUCACGGGAUACGUGGCAACCCGCCGCUUCCUGCGAGCUGGGCCCGGGGCGGCCGCGGCCUCCCCGGCUCCCGCUUCCGGCCGCCGCCGGCAGGGGCAACAUGACCACAGCCAAGCCAAAAAGACUCAAGUUUUCUGAAGAAGAGAAGUUCCUCAUCCUCGAAGAAUUCAGCCUGCGCAAGGACAUCCUGAUCCCCAAGAGCGGGCGCUACAGGAACACGAUGGACCGUCAGCGAGCGUGGGAAGAGAUCACUGCUGCCGUCAACUCCCUCAGCCCGCUCGUGCAGCGCACGCCUGACGAGAUCCGCAAGAAGUGGCAUAACAUGGUCAUUGACGCCCGCAAGGAGCUGACCACGGUGAAACACCCCUUGUUGAGGCAGCGGCCCCAGGAGAGGCUCUUCCACAACAUCUUUGCUCUCUUCAAUAAGACAAGGCCAGAGCUGGCAGAACCAUUGCUUCUGGGCCCUGGGUUCAGAAUGAAGCCGUCCAGCGGCCCGGCUGGAACCGCACUGCCGCUCUGCGCAGCGGAGGGCAUGCGGGAGUCUUCGUCAGACUUAUUCCUCCACAGCCAGAAUGAUGGACUUCAGCUGAGCCAGGGGAACAAACUGCUCUGCAAAACGGAAGUCCUUUUGGACGCAGACAAAGAAAUGGCACCAGGGACUGGCUGUCCAGGAAAGAGCUUCCUCCAUGCGCCAGGGGACCCGCAGCCCAGCAAUUUGUGCUUGGGUGGAUCUCAAGAGAGUGUGGAAAAGAGACUGUUGGGCCCCAGUAAGGAUCCUCCUCUGACUUGUACGCCUGUAGCUGAGACACACCCUGUGCCAGUUCCCAGAACUACCUCACCACCUAGCCAUGGACCUGAGGUGCCUGCUCCUGGCAGGACUCCGGUGCCUCUGAACUGCUCCCCAGACUUUGCACUGGCCUACAAGAUCAAGUGCCCUUUGAGCCCUGUAUUCGAAUGGCCUUGCCUAGGGGUCAUCUCAAGCCCAGUCACACACAGCAGCAGGACUGACAGCCCCAGCUCCGAAGGCAUCCACACAGCAAUGGAUGAUAAUGCAAGCGCAUCUGUGACCGAAGAUUCGCUGCCCAGCCAGAGGGGUUGUGUCGGGCCAGCCAAGGAGCUUUGGGAGAAGCACAGCCGGCUGCACACCGAGAUCCUGGAGCUGCAGAAAGAGACCUUGCAGCUGCAGAAGGAAAAGAUUGUGCUGGAGAAAGAGAAACUCUUACUGGAAAUUGUCAAACUGCGGCGAGAGCUGGACACGUGACCAGCUGCCAGGGAAUGAUCUGCCCCUCCCCAGUCUGUGGAGCUCAGAACCCAGUUCAGACCCACUCAGCUCCAGGUACCCUGUUCCCUGGAGCUUCAUGUGCUUGAGUGAAAAAAAGAAUUGCUUGCUCCUCCGAAUGAGCAGGAGAGGACUGAGCUGGUACUGAACUUCACAGACGUGAAUGGCAGGGACUCUGGUUCCUGUGCAGAAAAGACCAGAGAAAUCACUCCACUGAUGCUCUUAACCUGCAGUGAGAACCACACCCAGGACAUUGGGGGGCACCCGUUGUGGCUUUGGUGGCAUAGCGUAAAACUCGCAUAUGUUUGGGGGAGCCACAGCACCAAGGAAAUAACUCUGCGUGGGCCUACAUGGGGCCCCUUCCUCAGCAGGGUGUCAGAGCAGUCCAUGGGCCGGGGAAGCGGGGCCGUAUCUGUGUAUGGAACAGCAGCACAGCGCAUCACCCCGGGCUUCACCUGCUGCAUCGUGCGUUGCAGAGAAGACUGAACAUGUAGCCGCACCAUUGCUUCCUGUCCCUGCGGGUCCUUCCCCCUUUAGCCACUAAGCCACGAGCAGGGAAUUUAAACCAGUAUCUUCUUUUUUCCAUGUUGAUAUAAACUCACUAAGUAGAGAAGCAGCAUAGCAGCCCACUCCCUGUCCAAGCCAGGAUCCAGCCCUGUACGACCGUGUAAGGAGCUACGGGGCAAAGCCAAAGGGUCUUUGUCGGGGCAGACUCCUGGUGACGAGAGCGAGAGUUUUACCUGAGUAAGAACUUAGGGUUUGGCCUUUAAGUAUUAAGUUAAAAUAAACAAGUGAGCACCACCAGACUCGUUCCCUGCUGGCACUGCCUGGUUUUCUGCUCUCCUCUCGUUGCCAGAGGCAACAAGAACCAGAGCGCACACGGGUCUGCUUGCUUUGACCUCCCCUUCUGAGGAUUGUCUAUCUCAUGCCUAAGGUGGAUAGUCUAAGUUUCUCCCAGAUACCGUAGGGGGCACACCUACUCCUAGCCACUUCCUCAUCCUGGCCAGCUGGGCCACCGUUCAGGAACAGCCUUGUUUGUAUAUGACUUUCUUAGUGUUCAUUUUAGUGCUUGGGAAAGUGCCUUGCUAUUGACCCUGGCUAGAGCCAGACAAGACCCUAGCAGAUACUACAAGCUUCCCACACAACUCUGCCAAAGAAUCUCCAGUGUGACCUGGAUCAGCCUUGCCAUGACAGUCCUGGUCCGUCACUUCUGCUAGUCCCAAAGCAUGUGGUGGUUUUGGGAUGCAAGAGAAAGCCCACAGAGAACUAAGAGUGAUUAGAUUGAUCAGAGAUGACCUCUUUUCAGCUGGGAACCGAGGCAUCCAGAAGUGAAAGGUCAUUGCACUAGUCUACUGCAAGCAUCAGCUUCCUGCAUUACCAUCUUAUCUCCAUCCCUCUCUUUGGUGCGGAUCCGUGCGUGGGGAGGAAAUGAGUCUCCUGGGGAAUUCCUCCCUCCCAUGAUACAGAACCAUUCCCUGAGGCCCACCUGCUGACGUAUUCCAAGGGCUGCCUGAGUCGAGACCUCAGGAUUUGGCUGGAGGAGCAGUGCAGCCAGCACGCUCCACCCUGGGAGAGGAAAUUGGGACUGAGCCUUGUGUUGGUUGGAUGAACCCAGAGCAGCGUUCAUGGGGGUUGCUCUGAUGCAGCUCUUGCCCAAGGGAGUGGUGGGGAGAGGAUUUUAAAUGCUGGGGAUGGAUAAGGUUCCAUUGAGUUUGGUUGCAUUCCGCUCCCCGGACAUUCGGAAGCCCGACGACUCCUGUCGCCUUUGAGGUUUUUAGCAAGUUCAGCUAGUGCUCCGACGAGCAGCUGUACUAGUAACUGGCGCGGAUGCUGAGCCAAAUAAACUUGAGCUCUUCAGAAAGAACAAACCUGUGAGAUGUCUGGUGUGGGUUAGGUCAGGUUAUUGCCAGUCACUGUGUGAAACAAAGCCGGACAUUCAAAAGCUGAUGUGGGAUCUGAGAGCCAGAAGAUGGUGACACCUGUCAGGUUGCAGCACACUAGCUUGUCUUGGGGGGACAAGUAUGAGAAGCGUACAGACUGGCUGUCUCUCCUGGGGGAACGUGGGUGUCCAUAGGGAAUGUAAUACAUUUGAAAAGUAACUGAAUGCCUCAGCUGGCGUUCGGAUUGGCAUCUUCUGCUCACAGGAAAUAACCUGGUUUGAAUGGGUAGCUGCCGCUUGAUUUCGCUUCCCUUUGUCUUACCUGUGAACCCCAGUGAAAUCAUUGCCCUGACAAGCAAAAGCAGUAUCCUGGGGUUCCAUGCUUAUUCCCCUGCCCGUGACUCCAACUCUUAACUGCCAGCCCUGCCAAAUUAACCUUGAUCCUGCAGCCAAGCUGGGCUCUUUCCUUCGUAGCCAUCAUCACUAGUGACCCUGCCCCGGCAUACAACGGAGGCUGCAUGGCUUCAGGUUACAUUCGGCAGCUUGACAUACUGAAGUGGUUGAACUAAAUAAGUUUGAAAAUUAGCAACUUAGCACAUGGCACAAGUGAGGACUAGGCAUUUCCUGGCACUUAGAACAGGGAGCUGGAAAUUAGGACCCCGCUGGGUGCUCUCUGAGCUCUAACACUGGCACCUUGAGCAAGCCAGCUAACCUCAGCAUCUCCAUGUCCUCACCUGCAAACUGGGGAGAAUAGUUCCUCACUAAAGAAAGGAUUUGAAAUCAUACUUCACGGUCGAGAUUCACAGAAGAAUUAUUUUCACAAGUCAGACUUGCACUGAGGCUUUCCUCCAGUCCUAGCAUCCCCAAGCAAAAGACCAACUGCACAAAGCAAGUUCAUUUUGCAAUACUCUAAACCAGAGGUGGGCAGACUGCGGGACCGUUCUGCCUGGCCCCUGAGCUCCUGGCCCAGGAGGCUAGCCCCCAGCCCCUCCCCCGCUGUUCCCUCUCCCCUGCAGCCUCAGCUCACUGCGCU